AUGCGGACCAAAAUGGAGGAACGCAUACGGUAGGCAUGGAUAAUAUGUUUAUUUCUUGUUUACUCGAGAAUUCGCGGGUAAACAAGUCGAAAUUGGAUUUUGAAGAGUUGGAUAAGGAUGUUGUGAGUUGGAAAAAGUAAAGGUUGAAGUGGUUUUUGAUCAAGAUUUGAUAGAAACAUUGAUUUUUGUAAAGGAAGACCAAGGUAUCUAAAGUAUUAUCAAAAAUAAUGAAUCUUGAAGAAAUAUUGUUUCUGAUUGAUAGUAAAUAGUGGAAAAAAUAUUUUUAUUAUUUAAAAAUGUAAGAGUUUAAAUUUAAGAUUUGAUAGAAACGAUCGUUUGUUCAAGGUUCACCAGGAUGCCUAACAUAAUAUAAAAAUUUUAAAAUUCCCAAUGCUUUCUUUGCUAAAACUACUAAUCAGCUAUAUCAAAAACAAGAUCCAGCUUUAAAAAAUCUUUUUGGAUAUAUUAUUUGUUGUAAUUCACAUGAAUUCUUAAUUAAACUUUGUCAAAAACAUUUGGGUUUGAUUAGAGAUGAAACGUGAACUCUAGUGUUAUUCUUUGACUUUUUCAGUGUUUAUUUUUUAUCAGAACAUUGAACAAAGAACACGUUUGGUUAUUUGCAAAUUGAAAAUUUAGGUUUUGAAAAGAAUUUGAGAGGAGUUUGAGCAAAACAUUCAGUAUAACAUUGAUAUCGGCAUGGAUAAUAUAAAAUUGGACGUAUUUUGUGGGGUUUCUUGAAAAAUAAAUUGAAGGGAUAUUUUUAUUGAUGAAAAGGAUAUUUUUUAUAAAAUACGAAAAUUUUACGUAAAAAUAAUAAAGGAGCUAUGGGUUAUGUGAGGUUAAAGACAUUAGGCAAUGUUGGUGUUGAUGGAUAAUAUAAAAUUGAACACAGAUGGCUUAUAUAGACUAAAAUUAAAGUUUAUAAGCUUUUCAAAGAUAGAAUAAGGUUAUUUGCAAUUAUUUAUGAAGUUAAGUUCAUCAAAAACGUCCAUGAAUUACAAGUUAUAUUGUGUCAAAGAAAUCAAGCUUCAAAAAAGUUGAUGGAUAAUAAAAAAUUUACCUAAAACGUUAAUAUACCUUGAAAAACGAAAAACAAUCAGUAUAAAAAAGAAUCUUAAAGUAUUAUUUUUAAUAAUUGAGUUUAAAUAUGAUUUUAAUGCUAAAACGUUUUAGUUUGAUGGACCAAAAAGAGAACGACGCGCGGUCGCGCAACCAGCACGCGGUGGAAGGCCCGCAGGCAGUCCGACUAAAACUGCAGCAUAGGACAGACGAGGGGAUCAGUGUGGUAGGUUUUGGCACAAAAUGAAAAAUUUUCUAUUUUAUUUUUUGAAAUUUUAAAAAUUUAGGUGAUAUCAUGGUGAAUAUGAUCUAAAAAGUUGAUUUUAAAAUGUCUGUUGUUUAAAAUGAAUUUUUGAUGUAAAAUGAAAGAUUUAAAUAACUAAGCAUUAAAAAAUAUAAUAUUAACAAAAAGUCUAAUAUAAAAUGGCAUUUGCUUCUAGAACCCUCACUCAAUUCCCGGAUUACAAGACGAUGACAUAUUGGAGGUGAAGUCGACGGUUUCAAAGCAUUUUGUGUACGUUCAGUUUAAAAAGGAGACCAAUAAGACUACGACCAGGGAUGCGAUUCAAAUUUGUGACAAGAUUUUCGACACAAGAAAGGAGUUUUUUCCUUCCAGAAGCUUUGUUGAAGUCAGAAAAGUGGAUAGGAAUAAGGUAAGGGAGGCUUUUUGUAAUUUUUUUGUCUUUAGUUGAGGUGAACAUUAAUGAAAAUUUGGAAUGAGGUUUCUAUUUUUGUUAUUGUAUAUGAUAUUCCUAGAGCACGUAUUUUACCUUCUUGAGCGCUUUAAACUCGGUUGCACGGUGGAAGAAUUAAUUGUUUUGCACUGUGCAAGGGAUUGAUAAAGGGCUGCACAGUGCAAAAACAAAUUACAUUGCGUAUUUUGAUUGCACGGUGCAAUUAAAAAAAGGCUGCACAGUGCAAGAAAAAAGGAUUUGCACAGUGUAAAAGAGUAAUAAAUGACUGCACUGUGCAAAUUUCAAAAUCUGUUUAAAACUGUUUUUGGAGGUAAAAUACGUUUGAGCAAUCUACUUUUCUAAAAUUUUAAGGGAUUCUAAAGUAAAAACUGAUUUUAUUUAAAACUUUUCAGUUUUUAGGUAACAAAUUUGGAUUUUCUUAAAAAUUUUUAGAUUUUUAGAUAACAAAUAUGUCAAAGUUUAAUGAAAAACACUGUUUAAAAUGAAUCAAAGUUUGAUUUUAGGUAUAAAACUGAUGCAAAUUCUUAUUUUCCAGAUAGCUCUGGACUCAGUCGAGCUCACCUUCAAAGAGUACUACAUAUCAAGAGCGGACAUGUUCCACUUCAGAAGCUGUCUCAUCGAUUCGUGCGUCUACGUAGGCAAAUUCGAGAAUUGGCUUGGCGUCCACUGUACAGUAUCCGACAUAUGGUCAGCUGGUGAGCCGGCAUGGUCAGGCUACGUGUCAGAAGAGACUCGAAUCGUAUUCAGAUCCUCCUCAUCACAGGUACUCAUCUACAUACAAUUGAGUACCGAAAUGUGGGACAUUGACCCUCAGGGCGAUUUGUACUUUGAAAAGUGCUACAAAGGCUUCUUGCCAGAGCUAUUCAAGAGGUGGAGCUUACAAUCGUGUGCACAUCACGUGUCUAUUAUAGUAUUUUCACGAUGGUACUAUAAUAAACAGGUACUGAAUCAAGAACAGCUGGAGAAGAUCAAAGCAAAUCGAGAUCAUAGGGAUAGGUACUUUCAGGUAAGGCUAUCGGCGUUUUUUAGGUAAUAAAAGACAUGUUUUUAAAUUUUUAGGUACAAAUUUUAGAAAAAUUUUGGUUUUUAGGUAACAAAAAAAAAUUUUUUUUAAAAAUUUUUAGGUAAUGAAAAGGAAAAAAAAGAACUUUUAAGGUAGAAAAAUGAAAAUUUUUGUUUUUUAGGUAACAAAAAUGAGUUUUUUCAAAAUUUUUAGGUAACAAAGCAAAGAAAAAGCAAGAUUUUGAAGCUGGAAAGAAAGUUUUUGCGUUAGUUGUUAUAAAAUAUUUUUAAAAAUGGCAAGAAAUUUCGUUCCAAAACAAAAAAUGGCCAGAACUUUUUGACAACGAAAAAUCGCGAAAACUUUCUUUACAAAACAAAAAUAGCAAUAAAUUUCUUUACAAGCUUUAAAAUGGCAAGAACUUUCUUUACAAAACAAAAAUGACAAGAACUUUCUUUACAAAACAAAAAUAGCAAUAAAUUUCUUUACAAGCUUUAAAAUGGCAAGAACUUUCUUUACAAAACAAAAAUGACAAGAACUUUCUUUACAAACCUUAAUUUUUAAAAUUUCAGGAUUUCUAUCGCCUACUAGUCCAGAACGAGCACUACACUGAUUGGACUCACGUUCUGGCCAACCUAAGGAAGUGUUUCACAAAUUAUCAGAAUACGAUCAAGAAUUACCAUCGUAAAUUGUUGCCGGAACUGGGCGAUCGAAACGACUUUUGUGAAAUGUCAACGGCCAGGGAUGGCAACUUCUUGGAGGUGCUGAACAUGUCUAUGAAUAGCUUCUUUGUUUAUCACUCGGAUCGACGGUUUGAAACUACUGGGCAACAGGUAGGAAAUUUUUUGAUUUUUAUUGGUUUUUAGGUAACAAGAGAGAGAUUUAGUUUGGAAAAAUGUGUUAUUUAGGUAACAAAAGGGCUCUCUAGGUCCAAAAAUGGGAUUUUUAGGUAACAAACUGGUCUUUAUAAGUUAAAAAUAUAACUUUUAGGUAACAAAGUUAACUUUUCGUUCUUAAAUUGCAAAUUUUAGGUAACAAAAGGGCUGUUUAAGUCUAGUAAUGUAACUUUUAGGUAUCAAACUGCUGUUUAUAGGUAUUGAUAUUGCAUUUUUAUUUUUUGUUUUAAGUAUCACAGUGCUGUUUGCAGGUGUUAAUAUGGCAUUUUGGUUUAUUUUUAGGUAACAAAACGGCCUUUCUGGGUCGAAAAAUGAGUUUUUUAGGUAACAAAAUUGAAUUUAUAGGUAAAAAAAAGCUUUUCAGUAAAGAAGCUUGAACGUUUAGGUAACAAAAAGUGAUUUUUAGCUUAUAAAACUCAAAUUUUGGGUAACAACUUUCAUUUUUUUUAGAUUCUCUUUGUAACCCCAGGCGGUGGAGUCUUCAACGUUGAUCGAGAAAUGGUAAAUCUAACAAAACAACGUCUAAUCGAUAUGGGUAUCUCAUUGGAUAUCGUGUGUCUAGGUGAACAACCUCUACACGCGGUGCCAUUAUUCGUGUUCAAAUCCAAAAUUAAUCAACAAACUGAGGACUAUUUCAUACCACAUUGGAUGAACUACUCGUACUUUCGAAUGCCACAUAAGACUAGCAUCAUGGUCAAGUUCAAAACUAGGAUCAACUUCCCAAUUGCUCUUUUGAAUGUAGGUUUGGAGGGGUAUUUAGGGGUUUGCACGGUGCAAGGGGAUUAGAAGGGAUUGCACGGUGCAAAGGGAAUUUAGAAGGGAUUGCACGGUGCAGGGGGAAAUGAAAUGGCUGCACGGUGCGGAAAAUAUUGCGCAAUUGCGCGGUGCGAAAGGUAAAGGAAUGGGUGCACUGUGCGGAUAAAUAUUGCGUAAUUGCACGGUGCAGCGGGAACAAGAUAGGUUGCACUGUGCGGAUAUUGCGUAAUUGCACUGUGCGGAGGGGAAAACAAUCUUUGCACCGUGCACAACGAAAAAAAGGUUGCACUGUGCAAGAAUAAUUAAUGACUGCACGGUGCAAAAUCUAUAAAAACUGCACCGUGCAAAAGGCGUUGGAAUAAAAAUCAGCGCAAUAACUUUAUUUACAACAGAAAAAUUAAUAAAAAUUUAAAAAAUGAAAAAAGCAUUAAAAAAUGGCAUAAAAAAGAAAAUCAAAGAAAAUUUACAGAACCGACCAAGUGGCUUGUCGAUGAAUGUCGAUGUUAACAUACCUGAAAUUGAAUGCGAGGCUUAUGAUAUGUACGCAUUGCGACAUUUUUCGGCCGAAGAGAACACUUCCAAUCCACAGUUGUCGGCUUUUUGCAAAUAUUUGAACAUUAUGUUACCUAAAGAGUCCACUCCGAUUACCGUAAGUUGAAAUUUUGAAAAAAUUUUAAAAUCAACAAUUUUUGAAAUUUCUACAAAUUUAAAAAUGUAGGACCAGAAUUACGCGACCACACCGUGCCAAGACGUGCCCGACUUUGUACGAGCACUCGAACCGACUGUGAAUGGUACGCUUUACCCUUUUAUUAACAAUUUACCGGUAAUUUAGGUCGAAAACCGCUGACAUCCGACUCGAGGACCUUGAUCAACCCAUUUCGACCAGAGGAAUUCAUUGUUCGAAUCACCGCCAACCGACGACGAUGGAUUCACGUUUUCCCCGUGGAUCGAUUGGGCCGCGCUAAAUUGGCUCAUCAUUAUGUGGUGGGCAAGAGUACUGUACACGUACUACAGACGGUGGAGCCGGUAAGGACUGUUCUUGAAAUUAUAGAAAGUGGAAAGAAAGUUCUUGCGUUUUCUGCUUUUUGAAAGUUUAGAGUUUGGAAAGAAAGUUUUUGCGGUUUUUUAAAAAAUUCAGAAGGUGGAAAGAAAGUUUACGCUUUUUUUUACUUUGCACAGUACGAUUUAUUAAUGUGCUGCACGGUGCAAGAAAAGAAGCGUUUGCACCGUGCAAGCGUAAAACGACUGCACUGUGCAAAAAUAAAAAUGAAUGCACUGUGGAAGGGCCAAAAACAAUUGCACCGUGCAAAAAAGUGAUUGCACUGUGCAAGAUGAAGGAAUAGCUUUAAAAAUUGUAGAAACAUAAAAUAUGGCAAUAACUUUCUUUACAGAACUAAAAAUAGCGAGGACUUUUUGUACAAAACAAAAAAUGGCAAGAACUGUCUUUACAAAACAGAAAUGGCAAGAACUUUCUUUAAAAACCAAAAAAUGACAAGAACUCUUUAAAAAACGUAAAACGGCAAGAACUUUCUUUACAAAUCGAAAAAUUCCAGGAGCCCUCUCCCCAACAAACUCAAUCCCCAGCCAUAGCCAACAACUCUCCAGCUCGUCGGCCGCCCUCGCCUCAAAACCAAGAAAAGUCAUACACCGAGAACAAGGUGACAGGCCUGGGCGCCAAAGGAAAAACCACGGUUUGGGCGUGGGGAUCCACAGGCGAAGAGAAAUGGAACCCAGAUAUGGAGAUUGGCAUGGACUGGAAGAGUUUGGUGCGGUCGGGACUGCUUCCAAUCACUACUGACUUCUUUCCAGACGCUCGGUCUCUAAACGACUAUCAUCUAACGGUAGGAGUUUGGGUGGUUUUUUGGGGUGCUUUUUUGAUUUUAAGGGUAGGGCUGAUUUUUUGGGGACAGGGCGGAUUUUUUUGGGGUAAGGUGGCUUUUUUGGGGGCAGGGGAGACUUUUUUGGGGUAGGACUGGUUUUUUGGGUGUAUGGUUGAUUUUUUAUGGAUGGUCAGGUGUUUGGGGGUGGGUUUGAUUUUUUUGGGGGUAGCGUUGAUUUUUUUGGGGGGUAGGGCUGAUUUUUUAUGGGUGGGCUGAAUUUUGGGGGUACGGUUGAUUCAUUUGAGGUAGGUUUGAUUUUUGGGGGUAGAACUGAUGAUUUUUUUGGGGUAGGGCUGCAUUCUAUUGAUAUUUUUCACUCAUUUUUUGGUUGUAAACAAAGUUUUUGCAGAUUUUAAAAUUUUCUUUUAUCUUGUAAAGAUUCCUCAAUUCUUUUAAUACAACUUUACACAAGAAUAUGUUUAGGAACAUCCGGUACUAAUCGACUACGAAGACCUAAAGAAGUGGGUACCACACGAUGUGAGCCGACCAAUAACCGAAGCUCAUCUCGAGAAUCUUUUAUUCGAACAACUAAUUAGGCAACGCUUACAAAGAGGCUAUCAAAUAGUACUACUGCCGAAGGAGAUGAUUCACACUGCAAUACAGUAGGCUUUAAAAUGGCAUAACAUUGAAUUUUUUGUGUGCAUUUUCCAACUUUUUUUGGCAUUUUUGGGCUGUAAAGAAAGUUUUCGCAAUUUUUUUUGUAAAAUACGUUUUCUGCAUAUGUUUUAAUCAAUUUACACUUUAUAGUUUAUAAUUGUUUUGCACUAUGCAAUUUUUUAUUUUCUUGCACCGUGCAGCAAAUUGUAUUUUUGUUACAAUAAGAUUUUUAACGUAUUUUAGGUAACAAAUUUGGUUCCAAAAUUUAGUCUGGACUAGUAAAAAGCUAUCAAAAUUGAUUUUAUUAAAAUUGCUUUAAAAAGAAAGGCACAGCGAUUUUUAAAAAAAUUAUUGCACUGUGCAGUCUUAAAAAGUUUUGCAUGGUGCAAGGAUAAAAUACGUUUUUUGGUAUUUUUUGAGAAAUUAAUAUUUUUUUUGGUUUUUUAAGAUUUAUAAGGGCUCAGUGGUAUGAAAUGUCGUAUUUUACCAAAUUUUUGGUCGUUUUUAAGAAAAAAAUAUUUUUAAUUUUUAAAAUUUUUAAAUUUCAGAAAAGUCCUACCAGAACGACCUCAUCAAACCGUACUACGCGAAUGCUCACUGUCUUUCAAUCAGAUUUACCAUCGUAUUUCACUAAUAGCCGACGAACCACAUUACUUUUUGAUUCAACAGUUCGUGCCAAAGUCGACCAUAGCUGGCGAAGUGUCACAAAAACUGUGGCGAGUAUCAAAGUACAACUACUACUUUCAAGUACCGGAUGAUGCCAAUUAUACGGCAAGUCAGACUGCCUUUAAACAUCACAAUUUGGACAAAUUGAAUUGGAGUUACUUGGAUGCGGAGCUGCAAGCUAGGACGAUGGCUGGGCUGUACAAAGACGAUAUGAAGUGCUUUUCGUCACGGUAGGGGUUUGAAAAUGCUUAAAAAUUUAAUUUUUGUUUGAGAAAGUAGCGUGUAAUUGAAAAAAAUGGCGGACUUUCGGUAUGAAAUGCUGUUUUUCGCACGGUGCAAUGCUCUUUUAUUAUUUUUGCACGGUGCAGUCAAUUCUUUAUGCGUUGAACCGUGCUUUUUGACGAAAAAACCGAUUGUUUGAUAAAAUAACGUUCAAAUGAUAAGCGAUGACGGAGUUUUGGUUUGAAAUGCUAAAUUACGUUUAAAAUUUUUUUUGCACUGUGCAAUGCUUUUUUAUUAUUUUUUGCACGGGGCAAUUAAUUUUUUUUGCUUUGCAGGGUGCAAUCGUGGGGAAGGAGUGAGGUACUUUUUUUUUGGUUUUUUAAUGAAAGUCCUUGCAGUUUUUGUCAUUUUUUAAGCUGUAAAGAAAGUUUUUGCCGUUGUUUGUUUUGUAAAGAAAGUUUUUGCAAUUUUUUGUUUUGCAAAGGAAGUGUUUUUCAUUUUUUGUUUAGUAAAGAAAGUUUUCGCCAUUUUAUAGAAUUCAGUUUUGUAAACACUUUUUUUUACACAGUGCAAUUUAAACUUAAAUUUUGAGCACUAUUAUUAAUUUUAUUUUUCAGAUUCCUAAUAGUACCAGAAAGCACCAUCUUCUCGGAAAAGCUCCAGUCUCUCGGCCGCGCCGAUGUCUACGAACCUUUCGACUCGGUGGAGCUAGAGAAGAACUUUGUUCGCUUCCUCGAAGCCUUCAACCUGAUCAGACUAGGCCAACAAUCCUACUCCAAGUCCUCAUACACACCCACUUCUCAACUCUCAUCCAAGAGCUUUGAGUUUGGCGCGAGUAAGGAUUUCCAAAAGAAGAGUCACAAUAAUAGUGGCAGUAGUAAGAGCAUCGCUGCCAUUCCGAAUGAUGUGAUGGAAGUGGUACCUCGAAUACCUUACGAUGAGGAGAAUAUCUUGAAGGAAUGGCGGAGGAAAUGCGAAUCUACGCCGAUUUUAAGCAGUGUUGGAAGGAGGGGUAAGAAUUUUUAAAAAUUUUUGAAAUUUUUUUUGUUUUUGAAAAAAGUUUUUUUUUGAUUUUGAAAAUUUUGAUGCAUGUUGGUAAAUACUGUCGGAAAAAGUCUAAAUUUUGCUUUUAAAACACUUUUAUACCUAAAAACAUUUAAAAAUGAUUAAUAUCUGCUUUUUUGAUGCACCGUGCAGUCUCAUAUACGGACUGCACGGUGCAAAAUAUUAAAUAUGCUGAAAAACACUGAUUUUGAUAUAAUUUAAAAAUCUUUAUUAUUUUAUAGUAAAAUACGACCUGAUGGUUCUUCUUGUUUUAUUCAUUAUAAAAAACAAUUUUUAUUUUGAAGCUUUUUUUAUUAAUUUUGUUUGGCAUUGUUUUACUGCACCGUGCACUUUUGAUUUUUGAAUGCACUGUGCAGACAAAACAAAAAAUGGCAAGAACUUUCUUUACAAAACUAAAAAUGGCAAGAACUUCGUUUACAAAACAUGUAACAGCAGAAAUUGUGAUACGUCGUAUAACUUGUCAUUCGCAGGCUGCAAAAUUUACAAGUAUGGUUUUUUCAAAUAGGAAUGGCAAAAACUUUCUUUAAAAAGCGAAAAGCGGCAAGAACUUUCUUUACAUGGUUUAAAAUAGGAAGAACUUUCUUUACAACACAAAAAAUGGCAAGCACUUUCUUUACAGGCCAAAAACUACAAUUCCGAAAUUAUUGACACAAUGGCUAAAAACUUGAAAAUUAUUGUAUUGUUCAAAUACUUUUGUGCCCCCUUAACCCCUAAAAUUUGCUUUGAGGGGGGGGCACAGAACUAUUUAAACAAAAAACGAAAUAGUAAACCUAUUUUUUGCUUCAAGACUAGUAUACUAAAUCAAUGUUUUAGGUUCUCCCCAACUCCCCAACACCCUGUUCAUAUCGUUCGACUUUGUGCAAUGGCUAACCGAGACCGUGGACGGUCUAGAACAACGUGACACUGCCCUAAAGUUUGCUCAAAAAAUGCUAAAAACCUCGCGAAUUCGCCAAGCCCACUGCUUCCACAACGACCGUGACGAUUCGGAAGCGCUGAAGGGGCAAACCGACCAGUCGGAACCCAAGUUCAUGUUCGGCUUCUUCUUCUACCUGAUCGUCACGGAUAACAUCCAGAAGGACCUGAGGGAGGCGGAGACCCAAACCCGCUUUUUUGUCGAAAUCUGCCAGUCCUGCGGCGGUAAAAUCGAAAACCGAGACUGUCGAUUCGUGUCCAAAAGUGUACCGGUCGAAGUGGAUUCACUGUUUGCGAAUCAGACCCACCUCGUCACUUAUAAUGUCAGACAUCCCGAGAGUCAAUUCGUAGAUUAUGGAAGGGUAAGGGGUUUUUUUUGGAGUUUUGAAAGGAAAGGACUAGAUUUUUUGGGUUUGUGGGGAGGGUAGGGAUAGUUUUUGGAUUUUUUGUAGGGUAGAGGUAGUUUUUGGACUUCUAAGGGGGUAGGGUGUGGUUUUUUUGGUUUUUUUGUAUGGUAGGGGUAUUUUUUAAAUUUUUUUUGUGGGUAGGGGUGGAUAUUGGAUUCGGGGCAGGCGUAGGGGUAGUUUUUGUACCUUAAAGGGGAGGUGUAGUUUUUUUGGUUUUUAAAGGGAAGGGGUAGUUUUUGCGGUUUUUUAAAGAGGAGGGGUAGUUUUCUUUAAAUUUUUAGGGGGGGGUGUGCGGUGUAGUUUUGGGCUAGCUUAGGGGUUUUUUACAAAAUUUACAAAAAAAAUGGCAAGAACUUUCUUUACAAAACAUAAAAUGGCAAGAACUUUCUUUACAGAACCAAAAAUGGCAAGAACUUUCUUUACAAAACAUAAAAUGGCAAGAACUUUCUUUACAGAACCAAAAAUGGCAAGAACUUUCUUUACAAAAUAAAAAAUGGCAAGAACUUUCUUUACAAAACAUAAAAUGGCAAGAACUUUCUUUACAAAACAAAAAAUGGCAAGAACUUUCUUUACAAAACAGAGAAUGACAAGAACUUUCUUUACAAAACGAAAAAAGGCAAGAACUUUGUUUACAAAACGAAAAAUAACAAGAAUUUUCUUUACAAAACAAGAAAUGGCAAGAACUUUCUUUACAAGGCAAAAAAUGGCAAGAACUUUCUUUAUAGUUCAAAAAGUGGCAAGAACUUUCUUUACAAAACAAAAAAUGGCAAGAACUUUCUUUAUAGUUCAAAAAGUGGCAAGAACUUUCUUUACAAAACAAAAAAUGGCAAGAACUUUCUUUAUAGUUCAAAAAGUGGCAAGAACUUUCUUUACAAAACAAAAAAUGAUUAAAAUAUUUUCAGAUUUACUACGAGCGUUCAUUCGCGCCCUACAAAGCGUACGAGAUUUGGCUGAAGUGGUUUAUGGCCAAUUCCCAGAAAAUGUCGGAUUUGGUUCGAAAGUUGUGGCUUCGAAACGCCCAACGGCUCCAAUUCCACAUCUUCCCAGUACCAGAAGACGCCUUCGCCGAACCGACCAACUUCCUCUCCUCACCUUUACGAUGUCCAAUAUUCGUCGAGCUGGCGAGAGAUGUGAUCCCAGAUGGCAUCUUCUGGGACGCUCUGAAGGCGAUCCUCGAGAUCUUCGGCUUCAUCCUCAUGAACUGUCCCGUUCACAAGGAUUCGGAACGCCUGAAGAACAUUCACGGCAAUGAAAUCGAACCCACGGUACAGUACGUUCAUUUGAGUGGAGGCAUGUUCGUCAAGUUCGAUCAUCAAACCAUGAAACUGAUGUGGGCGUGGAAUCACAUGCUAAGUCAUCGCUACAGGGCGAGGUAAGAAGGUUUUGAAAAUUUUGGGAGGAGGAUUUUAGGGUACGGUAGAGUAGGGCAACCUCAUAUUAAAUAGGGUAGGAUAGAGUAGGGUGUUUCUUGGGGUCCGGUAGUAUAGGAUAGUAGUAAGCAGGGUAAGUUAAUGUAGAGUAGGAAACAGUAGGUCGAGAUAGGUAGGGUAGUAUAAUAUUAGGUGGGGUGGGUUACUGUUCUGAGAGAAUAAAGUACGGUAGUUUAAUAUUGAGUACGGCAGCUCAGGAUAUGGUUUCACAAGAUACCGUAGUUUAGGGUUGUAAACGUAGGCUAAGGUAGGGUGCUGUAGCUGAGAUUAGGGUACGGUAGUUUGUAGAGCACAGUGAGUUAGGUAGGGUAAGGUAGGGUACGGUAGGAUAGUGUAAAAUGGGGCAGGGUAAGAUAGGGUAGGGUAGGAUAAGUUAGGGUAGGAUAGGAUACGGUAGGGAAAGUUAGGGUAGGGUAAGGUAGGGUAGUGUAAGGUAGGAUAAUAUUAGAUCGCCAGGGUACUGCAUUUUAAAGUAUUAAAUUAACAUUUUUUAGUUGGUGCACGGAGCAAUUCCUGGACUUUUUACUCAAAGACUUUCGACUGUUUUGUGCGAAUGACAAUAAUCGACUGACCGACUUUUUGAACACAAAAUUUGUUGCCAAAAAACAAAUGGAGGAAGCAGCCGGGAUCGACAUCAACAACAUCAAACCUAACUCACCCACUCCAGAAUCCCAAAAAUCAUUGUUGUCACAACAGAAUUCACUCAUUCAUCUGCCUAACCUACAUCUACAUAUGUAG